AUGACUGCAUCCUCAUGCCCCUUGAUAAGUCAACUCGACACGUUCCAUCCAUUCAAAAAUCUCCCUCUUGAAAUGCGCCUUGAUAUCUGGGAGUCCGCACUGUCGAACUAUCGACACAUCAAGGUCCUUGUUGCUGAUAGGGGCCUUUGGGAGUUCUCGGCCUGGAACUGUCAUCACGAAGAAACCUCAUUUGUCGACCAUGGCGACGAAAAGCCAUACGAAGUCUUCGUCAAGAAGGGUGCGACGUACCACCCGCUUCUACACACCACAUCGGAGUCGCGCCGCGCCGCCAAAGACUUCUACCGUGUGCAGCUCCCGUGCCGUCGACUCGACCCUGAUGGAAGCAGCGAGGGCAUCCUAUUCCUCUGCCCUGAAUUGGAUACGAUCCACAUCGAAACGAACUACUUGUCACUUAUGCAUUUCGAGAAGUUUGCUGAUGCUGUUUUCGCCGCAGACAAGCACAAUGUCGGCCUCGUCAACUUGGCCCUCGACUGUGAGCUCCGCCACGACGAGGAUGAGUUUCGCAUCUCUGACGACGAGCGUCUUCUUUUCAUCGAGGCAAUUCGUCGGCUCGAGGUCCUCACAUUUGUCGGGCUCGUACCCAACAAAUGUACCCAGCUUUUGAUGUACGGAAGUGACCUGCGGGUCAUCAACGAAUCGCCUCGCCUCCUCGCCAAACGUGUACAAACCGAUGAAUACGACAAAGGUUCCUUCAACUAUAAGUCGGGAUUGUAUGAAAACGAACUCACAGCCGUCCACAUCGGCAACAAGGACCCUCGUCGUGGGUAUUAUUCCUUCUGCAAUCUGAUGCAGAUACUCGACAUCCCUGAAGGUGUCUACCAGGCCAAAGAGCAAUUCAUGCUCACCUACAACUAUGAGCCGCAUUGUGUUUGCAUUAACGGCGAUCUGGAUGAGCAGAGAGGCGUCUACAACAAUACACAGCGGGAGUACGAAGAGUACAGCCGGGAGCCCCCCGCCAUUGGAUUUUGGCUUUUCCCUCUCAGCGCCAUCGGACCGUUCUACCUCGACGACCUCCGCCCCCAGAAUGGGCUUCCAUUGGACCCCGAGGCGGACAUUGAGGUGAAAGACCGAGUCAUCGACCUCAGUGGCUGUUUUUCUAGCUUUUGCUUUUUUCAUCCGGCCUACUAG